AUGCGCAUCGAGUCAGAGAGCGUUACUGGCACCGCCGGCUUCCCCGCCACCCCAGCCAUUCGAGCCACUAUCCGCGCGGCCAUCGUCGCCGCCGCCGACAAGCUCACUGCCGUGUCAACAUGGCUGCACGACAACCCCGAGAUCUCGUUCCAAGAGUUCAAGGCGCACGACAAGCUCACGACGUUCCUCGAAUCCGAGGGCUUUAGCGUUGAUCGCCACUAUGCGGGCCUGGAGACGGCGUGGAAGGCCACCUUUACGAGGGGCACCGGACCAACGUUCGGCCUCAACAGCGAGUACGAUGCGCUUCCUGGCGUCGGACACGCGUGCGGGCACAACCUCAUCUGUGUGGCUGGCAUCGCCUCGUUGAUAGGAUUGCGGGCUGCCAUGAUCGCGCACGACAUCAAAGGCACUGUCGUGCUCCUCGGAACGCCGGCUGAAGAGUCGGGAGACGGCAAGGUCCGACUGCUCGAGCGGGGCGCGUACGACGGUAUCGAGGCGUGCAUGAUGGCCCAUCCUGCCGGCGAGUCGGGCAAGGGGGUUGACGGUCUCAUUCGCCCCUGCCUCGCCGUGCGCAGCAUUGGCGUCGAGUUCUUUGGCAAGCCCGCGCACGCGGCCAACGCGCCGUACCAGGGUGUCAACGCGCUGGACGCGGCCAAUAUCGCCUACAUGUCCAUCUCGUCCAUGCGGCAGCAGCUACGACAGGGUGAAAUGGUGCACGGUAUCAUCACCCAUGGAGGGGAUGCGCCGAAUGUCAUUCCAAAGUACACGGCCAUGGAGUACUACUGUCGGUGCGGCGACGCCGACCGGCUCGACAAGCUCAUCGCAAAGAUCGUUCCCAGCUUCCACGCCGCGGCACUGGCAACAGGUUGCGAGGUCAAGCUCGAUAUUUCUGGGCUAUGUGCCGACUUGCGACACGCUGCACCGCUUGCCGAGGAGUACGCAAACGUGAUGGAGUCCGAGUUUGGGCAGCACAUCGACGUCGACCUGACCGAGGCUGGCCGACGCAUGGGGAGCACCGACUUCGGUAACGUGACCUACGCGAUGCCGGGCUGCCAUCCGCACUUUGUGAUUACCGAGCUGCCACCCAAGGUGCACACGGCCGAGUUUGCAGCCAUUGCGGCCACAGCUCCAGCCCACGAGCAGACGUACCGUGUCGCGAGCGGCAUGGCGACCGUCGGAGUGCGAUUCCUGACGGACAAGGCGUUUGCCGAGCGCACCAAGAAGGCGUGGAGGGAGAGCAUGGACGAAGUCGGCGGUCUUGUUGACGUCGCCAAAUGGGGUGCCAACCCCGCGCAUCUACAGUAGACGAUGAGCUUGCAUGCAUGAGUGAUAG